AGUUGUUUCAUACCAGUAAACCCACAAGAAUCAGCACCAAGAGAAAAAGAGAGAAACAAAGCAACAAACAAUGGCGUGGCGAAGUGGAUCCUUCUCAAGGUCCUUCCUCAACGCCGUAAGAUCUCCUUCAAUCCGUCCUUCCACCGCCUUCCGCCGCCCUUCUUCACCACUUCUCCCUAAUUCCGUCCGCCAAUCUCGCCGUCUUUCUUUCACAAACCCUAGGAAUCUGGGAGUAUUAGGAUGUGCGCACUCAUUGAUGCCGAUGUACAAUCUGGUGGCUGAUGCUCGAUUGACUUCGCACAUUGUGGUAGACGCAAGAUCUUUUUGCGAGCUGUCUCAGGGUACUUAAUUUGCCUUUGAUUUGGUAAAAAAGAAAAAGAAAUUCACUCAGGUUUCUGGCGAAAUUGGUGGAGCACAGUGAUUUGAAAUAUGUAAGGUGCAGUAUUUUUCAGCUGUAGGUUACAUUUAUGCUUUCCUUGUGUUCUGUUGUGAAGUUUACUCUUAAUUUUUGUCUGAAGAAUUUCAACCUACUUUUACCUUAAGAACUUAUGGGUAAUCCUGUUUUGUCAAUUCUUUAUGUAGGAUGAAUAAUGUUUUACUUGGUUAUGUUGAAUGGAUUACGUGAUGUAGUCUUUCAUGACAUGUGUAUUCUGCUGGAUACUUUUGAACUGUUUGGAAUCUUUUAUAUACUCUUUUAGAGUA